AUGAAUCGACACCAAGCGGAUAACGAGAACUCUCAGGAACUGAUACUCGCUAUCAUCGCAACGUGCGUAUCUGUGGCGGUGUUCGUUGUGUCCCUGCGGUUUUAUGUUCGUCUCGUAAUCAUAAGGAAAUUUGGGCCUGAUGAUUGGGCUUUGGCUGCGGCUUUGGUCGCAACUAUAUUUGGCGGAGCCAUAAUGGGAGUUUCUGUUAGACGUGCUGAUCCUUAUAAUGCCGCUGCCACUACUAAAGACCCUGCCUUUACCGUGGGUACAGAAGGUGGUGUUGAUGGCGGUUUUCUGUCUGGGCUUUUUAUUGUGUGGGCUAUGGAAGAGACCGUCUUCAAAAGCGAAUGA